ACCAUUGUUCUGUUUGCACUUUGUAAUAUUUCCAUUUUGUACAGGAUUUUUUAAUUUAUUUUUCGGUCGGCAGUAGUUAAUUCAGUGUUUUUAAAUCAAUAAACUCCCUCUUUUAGAAAAAUAGACGAUGAGAUAUAACUAUAUCCUUCACCAGACUAUUCCCACAACGCAGCCGGUACAGCAAAAAAUAAAUUAUGCGCUAAUGAGACUUUGAUUGUCCGUAGCAUUUAGAAACAAGUUCAAGGCAAGAAAUUAGCAUAAUAGUAGUGUAGAAAUAAAGUCUCAUUGCAUAAUAAUCAUACUUAAUAAUCUUCAGUUGAAUCGCAUAGCUCAGUCGCUAUGGAAGGUGCGUACGACGAAAUUAUCUCAGACAGUCCAUUUUUCAUACAACUCAAAAAUGAAUAUUCAAAUUUGUUCCAACAUUGUAUUGCACAAUCUUGGAUUAUAUGUGUACCUCGUAUUGGAAGUUUGAACACCCGCGCGUUUACCAUCGAGGAUUUCUGUGCACAUGUUUUAGUGCCUAGUGAUGAGUUACCAGAGACACACUACAGCACUCUCACAGAAAAGCAAGUCAGUGUCGCCAACAAAGUCAUCACACUCGAAGUUACCAAAGGUUUGCCUCUUCAGAGCCACAUACUAUUUGAAGAAACAUUCUACACAGAGGACUACAUAAAGUACAAGGUAUGGUGUGUUGAGAGCCCUUUAGAACCGAAUGCAAAUUUAGGCGACAAUGCAAUGACUAAAGAUUGUUUGCUGUCAAUAAAUGAUUGCAUUGAUUUGCUCUGGACGCAAGCUGCAGGCAGACAGGUCCUAGAUCAAAUAGAACUUAAUGUACAGCUGUUCAUAAAGAAACAUUCCACUCUACCAAUAGCCUUAGCACCUCUGAGAGAUGCAAUCAGUGAGUUGUACACACAAUGCCUUCAAAGCACACUGCAAAACCGUAGAAUCAGGGAGAAAUGUAAAUCAUCUAAACAUCUAUUAGAGAACAUAAAACUAUCUGUUGAAUCGUACAUGCAACACCUAUUAUUCGACUCACUUUUUAGACCUAUUUGUACAAUAUGUGCUUAUGAAGACUCGCAUCUAAAUAAAAAGAUAAGAAACAUGUCUGAUAUUCAACUUAGAGACUUAGAUAUAAAGAAGGAAUUGUACCAUGCUGUGCCCAAAGCAAAACAAAUUCUCUCUAAAAUUGAUACAUACAAUACUGUCCUAGAAAAGGUAUUGUGUUUAAAACGGGCAUUAAAUGCUAUAAACAAGCUUGAUGACAGCAAUAACAUGGUCUUAUUAACUGCAGAUGACUUACUUCCUGUAUUUGUAUUUUUACUCAUCAAAUCUGGUUUACCAAACUGGUACAGUCAGCUUAAAUACAUGAAAGAAUUUCGUUUUAGUGGAGUGGGAAAGGGGGAUGGAGAUGAAAGUGAUUUUCUAAUCACAACAUUAGAAGCAGUCAUAGAACAUAUACAAUCUGAUGCCCUCGCUGGUCCACCGAACCCUGAAGCUUAUUAUUAUGAAAGUAGCCUCACAGAGGACAACUUAAGCGAUGGUUUAAAAAGAAGGAGCAGUUUAACUGAAUCUAUAUCAACCUGUGACACCAAUGGAAGAGAAGAAACUCUUGAAUAUGUAUUUGAUUUGAUCAAAGCAAAUAACUCUGAACAAGUGCAAAUACUGCUCGAAAAGAAUCAAAAACAUUUAGACAGCAUCCAACAUGAAAAAAAUGCCAUAAAGCUGACAGCACUCGAUAAUACAGAUGAUGAUGAUGACGACGAUGAUGACAGUGAUACAGAAAUAUAUCAAAGGCUAUGUCACCCUCUGUGUAACUGCAAAAAGUGUUGCUCCAAAAUAUCUAAGAAUCUCUUAAAGACUUCUCCAACAGUAUCCUCAAGAGAUAGCCAUGGCCUAACAUCUUUGCAUGUUGCCUCAGUACAUGGUAGAGCUGCAAUAGUUGAAAUUCUUAUUGAUAUGGGUGCACAGAUAAAUGCUACUGAUCUUAAUGGAUGUACACCUUUACAUUACGCGGCAUCUAGAGGUCAUCAGAAUGCAUUAUUGCUUUUAUUACACUCAGGGAGCUCUAUAAAUAAGGAAAAUAUUGACAAAAAUACUCCACUGCACUUGGCAGUAAAUAAUGGUCACUUGAAUUGUGUGAAGGCACUCAUAUACUUUGCAGAACAUGGCAGGAAGAAGCUUAAAAUAAAUUGUACAAAUGAGGUUGGCAAUACACCCUUGCAUUUAGCUUCGAAAUGGGGAUAUGAGGGCAUAGCUAAACUCUUGAUCGAAAACGGCGCAGAACCUUCCCUUCAAAAUCGCUACAGUAAAACGGCAUUUGACUAUGCGCACAAUUUAAAGAUACUGCAAGUUCUCAAAUCCAGUACUCCUAGCCUGUAUGAAUACAUCCACAUAACAAGUACAGAUGUAAAGACAUUAAAUUGUAAAACUGACAAUCCUGUGACCUUGAAACUACAAAGCCUUAAGACUAAAAACAAUGAUGCAAACAAUGCCUCGAAAACUGUUGAAAAUUUAAAGAGAAUUGAGAGGAUAUUACAGGCCAUAUCUUACGGUGAUGUGAAACUUGCUUGUUUUUAUAUGAACAUUAAUUAUGAAAAUUAUGCUAAUACUAAAAGUACGAACAAAAGUCCAUCUUGUCACCCUCUAUGUGAAUGUCAAUUUUGUAAGAAAACCAACCAAGCAGUAUCUGACUUUGAUGUUAAUUUCUCUGACUCCAAUGGAUUCACAGCACUCCACUAUGCAGCUAGAUAUGGUUUGGAUGAGCUCUGCAAUAUUCUAGUUCUAAACAACGUCAAUGUAAAUUCUUGUAAUAAGAAGGGUCAAACGCCUUUGCACUUGGCAGCUAUAAAUAACAAGAGCGUUGUAAUCAAAUGUUUACUUGAUAAUGGAGCAAAUAUAAAUGCAAUCGACUUGUCAGGCAAUACUCCAUUGCACAAUGUCAGUGAAAUGGGAAAUAUAGGGGCCACCAAAGCCUUACUGAACUAUGGACCAGAUGUAACCUUAUUGAAUGGAUCUGAGAAAUCUGCGAUAGAUGUGGCUAAGGAGAAACUUCACUUAACAGUCAUAGAUUUAAUAGAAAAAUAUUCAAAAAUGAAAUGAAUAUUGAAAUUAAUCCAGUGUAAUCAGAGAUAACUCAAAUUAUAUUAAAUGAUUAAACUAAGUAAUAACAUCUACUUUAUAUGGCAGCUUUAGUAAUUUUAUUAAGUUCAAGUUAGAAUAAUUUCUACUGUAAUCAUGAAAGUAAAAUGUGGCUAAGUUUCUUUGAUUGUUCUAAUAGCGCAGUAAUAAUAAAUAGUAGGUAAAUAUAGCAAAAUAUUGUACAUGGUUUAAUAUCGACCAAGGGAAAUGCUACAUAGAAAAUAAGAAUUAAUUGUAUAUUUCGAUACCUCUUAUGCAAUUUUUUGUACACAUACUCAUAGUUUUAGAGGAGAAAUUCUUUUUAGGGAUUCUUGAAUUUUGUGUUCUUUAAAACUUCUUUGUUCAUAAUUAUUAUUAUAAGUGUUGAUGCAUUCGGCGUGGCGAAUCACUCCACAAACCCUCAUCUAAACAAGCCCUCGCCGCACUGUAUUUUUACCCAUUCUUUUGGAUUUUAAGGAGGUAGAUUUCGUAACAAUUAAUAUUAUGGACAAUCUAGAAAAAGUAACCUUCAUUCGGAACAAGCGUCCAUAUUCAACUUUUAUCUCCGCGUCAGAGUACUAAAAAUAAAAUAAAUGUGUUAGGAACUCCCACAUCAAGUAAUAUCUACUUGUAUAAAAGUGCGCGCACCCGAAUUUGAGUCUUAAAAAAGAAGACCAAACCUGGGUUGAAUAAACUUUAAUUACGAAAUGUAAUAAGUAAUUAUUAUAGGUACCUACUUACUGCAAGUUCAAGCCAAGUGAAAGGAAUACUUAACGUUUGAUUAAAACCUUCAAGUUAAGCAAUGCCAUUAGAGUAAAUUCAUUAACCAGUUGAGAGUGAAUAUGUAUUUUCAAUAUUGACCAAUUUAUUAAUUAUAUUACGGAACCUACCUAUCCUAUAUUGAUUUUCGUGCCAUAACUUUAGAAUUUGGUCAUGUAGCCAAAAAAAAGACUGAUUAAAAUUGUUAACUGUUUUUAUUUUUUAUAAUAACACAAGUACAACUACUUUCAUUGAAAUAUUCUGAAAAAUAAAAUUGUUGCAUUUAUAAAAACUGACUUUUAUUCACAAUCUCUGAAGGUUAAAAUGCUGAAACUUAAAAAUGUAGUUAAUACAUUAUAUAUUAGGUAUAUAUCUAUUAAAAAAUUAAAUAUAUCACAUCUCUUAUUUACAAUACAAUGUAUAUUGUAGCUCUUGUAACUUGUACUAGAGAUUCAACAGUAAAAAAAUCUGUCAAGCACAUACGAAGGAUUACGUACCAUUGUACAAGAAAAAACAUUUUUUGUGAUGUAAUCACAAAUUCACUGUUUUCGGAUUUUUCCUUUACUUGUUUUAUAAAUAUAUUGCUACCUGCCAAAUUUCAUGAUUCUAGGUCAACGGGAGAUACCCUAUAGGUUUUUAUUUCCUAGAAAUAUUGUCUUGACAGAGAUGACAGCAGACUGACAACGAAGUGGGCCUAUAAGGGUUCCUUUUUAGAGACAUACAGAACCCUAAAAACAAUUUUCUGGCCAUUUUAAUCUAUGUAUUUUAAGCUUGCACUGUAGGUUUUAAUUAUUAUUGGUUGAAUCUCUAAUACAACAUGUCAACUUACAAUCUAAUUAUGUACAAUUUAAGUAGGUGUUAAAAAUCUACUAAAAUAAAAAUUUACAAUCUAAAAAUAAAUAAUUUCUAAAAUUUUGCGCCCAUCAAACAAUGUUAUCUACAGAUGUGGAUUUUCCCUGUAAAUCUGUGAUCGCUUCUUUCUGUUUCAGUUAC